CGAUCAUUUCCAAAAGAAGGUUUGGCGAUGACCUUUCCUGUACGUUUGAAAAUAAUACAAUGAAUAAAAUCUACACAAUUAUGUCGCCAACAUAGUUUUACGUAUGUGAUUUGGAAUAUCCAUUUAAUUGAAAUCCUAGAUUGACAUCAACAUUUGUCAGCCUUUAAAAUAUACUGAGCACAUGGUGUAAGUGGUGUAGAUUUUGGUCGAAUGUGCCAUUCUAGUGAAGCACACCUCUCAAUUUUGUAUUCUAAUCAAUUCCAUUUUAGUUUGUAUGGUUUCUGAAGACACCCGGCAAACAUGGCCACAUGUAUAUCAUCAUCGUCAUCAUCAUCAUCAUCCACUUCAGCAAAAUGCAAAACCAAUUAUACCCGACUGUUAAGACUUGUCGUUGACAUUGGAUCAAAAGUGUUUAGAGAAGUCCUUGAUGCCCAGCUUUCCCCACCUGCUGAUCUGCAAAGGCAUCUCAACUCUUCUCGUGUUUGCAAUAAACUGAAAACACUAAGAAAAAAACAUUUACUGAAGACACCACAAUGGAACAUGUUAUAUCCACCAUCGCCAGGAGUGCCAUCGUCGACUAGCUUUGAUAUAACAUUGCUCUUCCUCCUUCUAAGAAAUACCUGUGGUCUGCGUCCACCUGCUACAGGAUGGGAUGCUGCCCCAAUAGAAGCUGAUAAAAGUCCAGAGGCUGACCUUAUUCGCGUAAAACAAUGUCGAAAUGAAAUUAUUUGUCAUAAAAAUGCGGCGGAACUCUCUGAUGCUGAAUUUGAAACCCACUGGGCUGAAAUUGAGUCAGCAUUAAUAAGACUUGGAGGAUCGCAGUAUGAACCCGAAAUCCAGAGUUUGAAAAUCAAGUCAGUGGAUCCAGAUAAUGAACUUUAUCUGAAUCAUCUUCUACAAUCCUGGGAAGAGGGUGAGGAUAAGAAAUUUGAUGCUCUCAAGGAAGAUAUUGAACAACUAAGAGCAGGCCUGCAAUCGUUACGUAAAGACUACAAUGAAGAUGGAAGGGCUCAAAAUUUAUCUGAACAGCUAAAUUCCUUUUGCAAUUUGCCUCAAAAGCCAUCUCAUGAUGUUGUCAACCGCCAUGAAGAAGUGUCGAUGACACUUAAGGAAAUACAUGAACUGACAAAAAAAUAUCCGGAUCAUGUCACAGUGACAUACUUAUCAGGAAAUCCUGGCUGUGGGAAAAGCGAGCUUGCAAGGCAGGUUGGAGAGAAACAUUUUGACAACUUCAACAAAGAAGAAUCGUCGAAGUUCGUGGCUACGCUAAAUGGUUCGAACUUGGAAACACUUCGACAAACUUAUAUGGAACUAGCAGACGAUCUUCAAUGCGACAAAUCAGCGCUCAUGACAGGAUUGACAGCAGGAAACACCUCCCAAGAACAGAAACUUAUUGAACUAAAAUCGUUCAUAAUUACAAAGGUGAAAAGAUAUUCAUCAUGGCUGAUGAUUGUUGACAACGUUGAAGAUGUUCAGAUGGUGUCCAAAUUCAUUCCUCGUUCAGGUGAUAGACUGACGCAUGGAAAAGGACAUAUCCUGAUCACAACACAAGACAAACAGUCUAUACCACCUUGCGAUACACAUGCACACCACAUCCAGCUAAGCCUUGGUAUGAACCUACAUGACGCAGUUCAAUCCCUGCAUACAAUAUCUAGAUUUUCGUGCAACGAUGAAGUCGCAGAGAAAGUAUGCAAAAAGCUGGACUUUCAACCUCUAGCACUUGCUUGUGCAGCAGUGUACAUGCGACAAACAUGCUACACUGAUCCUGCGAUGAACUGGGAAAGGUAUCUCGAGGAAGUUGAAAAAGGAAAUACAACUUCGGCUGACGAGUUUUACGAGAAAGCAAACUUGGCAUAUCAAAGAUCUAUGACAACUGCUGUGAAGAUGGCAGUUGAAACGAUUAUAGAUAAAAGUCAAGUGAUGCUGCACACUUUCGAAUUUAUGGCUGCCAUUGCCCCAGAGUUCAUAUCACUCGAUCACGUUCUCAACUACGUGCUUCAGUGUACUCCUGAACGGAACAAAAACUCCGUAGCUGCAGAAAUAACCUCAUCUUCGCUGAUUGUUACCAUGAGAAACGGAUCUAAACGGCUACAUAUUCGAAUACAUCAAGUUUUCUAUCAUAUUUUGCAAUCAGUAUAUCAAGCAAAAUUCUGGCAGCCGAUAGACGAAUUUUCAUUUCUCAUGAAAUUCGUGGAGGUAUUUUCUUAUGUGAAGGACAUGGAUAAGACUGCGUUAAAGUUCACUGAAGAAACCGGUCCUCUAAUUCCACACUUUGUCUAUUUCUCUGAUAAAGUGAAGCGAUAUUUUGAACGACAUGAAGUUGUCAAGGUUCUCAAUGAAGCAAACCGUUAUGGAGUACAUUAUCAAUCCACUAAAUUAUUUACACAUCAGUACAUUCCGUUAUUGAUUUUUCUCACAGGCAGUGUUUCUUACCUAUGUGAAAAACACGGUAAAUAUGGCACAACAAGAGCUUUGUUGGAGAUAUCUUAUUGUCUCAUUGACAGUGCUUACCAAGGCAGCAAUCAUCCUGACGUAGCUGCAACGCUGAAUAGUCUAGGAACAGAGCUAGCAAAUCUCGGAGAACAUAAUCAAGCCAAACACUGUUGCGAGAAAUCACUGGAAAUUACUCAAAGUUUUUACAACAGCAAUCAUCCUGAGGUGGCUGUAACAUUAAACAAUUUAGGAAAAGUGCUAGACAACCUUGGAAAUUACAAUGAGGCCAAAGUUUGUCACGAAAAAGCACUGGCAAUUGAGAAAAGCACUUAUGGUAGUAACAGUCCUGAGGUAGCUUCAACGUUGAAUAAUUUAGGAACAGUGUUGCACAAUCUUGGAACACUUAAUCAGGCCAAAGAGUGUUACGAAAAGGCAUUGGCAAUUGAGGAAAGUAAUUUCGGUAAUAAUCACCCUGAAUUGGCAUCUACGUUAAAUAACUUAGGAACAAUCUUAGACGAUCUUGGAAAACAUUAUGAAGCUCAAACGUGUUACGAAAAAGCACUGGCAAUCGAAGAAACAACUUACGGCAGUAAUCAUCCAGAGGUGGCUGCAACGUUGAAUAAUUUAGGAACGGUGUUAGAUAAUCUUGGAAAAUACGAGGAAGCCCUAAGAUGUUACCUACGAGCGCUGGCAAUCAAAGUAAGCACUUACGGCAUCCAUCAUCCUGAGGUGGCUUCAACUUUGUGUAAUUUAGGAACAAUGUUAGACACUAUGGGAAAUUUUGAUGAUGCCAAGAAGUGUUACGAAAUAUCGCUAGAAAUUGAAGAAAGCACAUACGGCAGAAAUCAUCCUGAGGUGGCUUCAACUUUGUGUAAUUUAGGAACGGCCUUCGCCAAUCUUGGCGAAUUUAUUCAAGCCAAAAAGUGUUACCUAAACGCUCUGGAGAUUGAAGAAAAAACGUACGGCAGCAAUCACAUUGAGUUGGCAACCACAUUAAAAAAUGUGGGAUUAGUGUUAACGAAACUCGGAAAACCUGAUGAAGCCCAAGAGUAUUUUGAGAAAGCACGGAAAAUCGAAGAAAGCAAUUAAUUCCAGUAGCGCUGGAUUUUCCCCUKAUGGCUGCAGUGUCAAUGAAUUGGGGAAACAGUGAUGAACAACCUUGAUUUUUUUUAUUUCUAUAUUAAUUUUCGUUUUAGACUAAUUCAAUAAGCCGGUAAUAGUUACCUCGAUCCCUAGAGGUGCGGCAAAAACAUAAUUGGGUCUGCUCUAUGAAGAACCCUAGUAACCUUUAUACAGUUAAGUACUCUAUGAAUAAAAUACGGCUUUUUCCCGUUGAAAGCGAGCAACCACUGCUUUAGUUUACAACAAUCUCAUAUGCGCAGAGACCUUAUCAAAACCAAAAUGAAAACAUGAGAAAUUGAAGUAGUGUAUAAAGAACGAAAAUGUGUGUUUUAUCGGGUGAUAAAGAUCCGAGCCGACAAACUCUUGAGUUCUUUAUACUACUUCUAGAACUUCAACAUCCAGAAAUUGUUAUCAUUUUAGAAAAACUAAAAAAUGCGAAAACAGUGAUUAUGCAAAUUUUAACAUUUCAAAAACUUCUAUACUGAGCAUGUGUAUUUGCCACAAUUGAAAGAAUUUUGAUCCCACACGUA